AUGGUACGUUCGGAGCAAGAUGCAGAUGCUUCAUUAGGUGAUCAAAUGGGCGGAGCAGGUGCAGCAGAAGGAGUGGAUGCUGAUGCAAUUGUCAUAUCAUCGAAAUUCACAUGGACACGUACACGAUUGAUGUUGCAGGACUGUUGGAUUUUUUACAUGUAUUGGCCUCGACAGUACUUUUCCCUCUAUUUUGCACCAACAUUGGAUUUGUAUAUCUUAUCCAGUCUUUUUUUUUGUGAAAUCAUAAUCCGGAUGCCAUCGGCCAAGCUAGUGAACGGCAUGGAGGAGACAGUUCAACGGGCAGUGCUGGAGUGA